AUUUGACUCAACCAAAUUCCAAAAUCACCAGCUCAUUGUUAGUCCAACCAGGGUUAUCACGGAAAUAGUCAAACGGCCGUGCUUUCAUCCUUAAUAAUUAAAAUCAUCCCCAUCAAUGUCAAUCGGGCAAUAGUAAUUAAAUUGAUUUCCUGCAUUUUUCAACUCCCUUUUUUCUAAUUAACACCUCUGUUUUGUUAUCUUAAAAUCAUCAGAGAAAAAUCGAUGGAAAAUUUGCUAGGUUUACUGAAAAUAAAUGUUGUAAGAGGAGUAAACCUUGCUAAGAGGGAUGCACGAAGUAGUGAUCCCUACGUGAUUGUUAAGAUGGGCAAGCAGAAAUUAAAGACUCGUGUGGUGAAGAGCAAUGUGAAUCCCGAGUGGAAUGAAGAACUGACACUAUCAAUUUCUGAUCCACAUCUGCCAAUUAAGCUGCAAGUUUAUGAUAAGGAUAUGUUCAGCCUAGACGACAAAAUGGGAGACGCAGAGUUUGAACUUAAUCCAUUUUUAGAUGCCGUUAAGAUGCACCUGGAGAAGGAGAACCUUCCUAAUGGGACUAUAAUUACAAAGAUUAAUCCAAACAGGGAAAACUGCUUAUCCGAAGAAAGCUCAAUUGUUUGGGAAAAUGAUGAAGUUAUUCAAAAUAUGUUUUUGAGGCUUAGAAAUGUGGAGUGUGGUGAGAUUGAGCUCAAGUUAAAGUGGGUCAGAAUUCCGGGCUCCAGGGGCUUGUAGAAAAUGCUAUUAUAUCUAUAUAUAUACACAAGCCAAAAUGUUGAUGUGCCUUAUGUUAUAUUUAUUUGCUCGUGAACAUGAUAAUAAAUCAAAAUUCAACUAAAUCUUUUAUUUCAUGUUUUUCGUUAUUUGGCUGCAAUUAACUUGCCAUUUUCUGUAGUUUAAACAAUGGACUGCAUCAAUUUCCCUUGUCCCACAUUGUUUUUCUACACGAAUUAUCGUGUACUAAUCAUUAUUAUUAAUUAAUUCGGUGAAAUCUGCAGAUGUGUUUUCCAACAGCGUAUGCAAUAUUGGAUUGAAGUUUCUUUAUUCAAUCGUUGUGUAUUGAAAAAAUCAUUUUCUAU